ACGUGCUGAAUACCACCACAGGUACUGCUAAGGUCGGCCGUAGUGAGGUGAGAGGAGUACAUCCUCUCUGGAUCACCUACAAGUUGCUUCGCUUGCGCAUACGCCAUACACUCACUCUUCGAUCAACUUUUACCCACUUGCUGUUCUCUCCAUGAAAUCCUGUUAAUAUGUAACGGAUAAGGACGCAACAACAGCAGGAUUUAAUAUGUCUUUCAAUACCGAUUCAGAUAUUCCCUCCAAGUUACCUGAGGCAAAGGCCUCGCCGUCGCCACACAGGUCGCCUUCGAGCUCGAGCACCAGCAAGGCUUCCCAUCGACAAAGCUUCACUGAAGGAUUCCGCAAUCCUCCACCUUCGCCCCGCCAUCGACACCCCUCUCUGACCCAAGCUGCAAUCCAAGACCUUCUCAUUCACCCUCCUUCCACCAACAAACACCAAAACCCCAAGUUUGUCGGGCGGGAAUGGAGAGACAUCACCAUAGGAGAGCUUAUUACAGCUGAGGAUGUAAACUGGAUUGAAAUCGGAGGUAGCGUGGAGGAAGCCACAUUGAUGCUCCUCCAGAGUUCAACCGGCGUUGUUCUCGUCAGAGACGAAGCUUCUGCUACAUCGCCAACAUUCUGUUUUGAUUAUAACGAUCUGAAUGCCUACCUCCUCACCGUUGUGGGUGUUUCUCGGCCUGAGAGCGAUCAAGCCACGCUUUUUCAUGACAUCAUGACCAAGGCUCAAGGAGGAGCUCGUAUAUCACUUCGCGAGAUCCAGACCUUGUGUUCAAGAGAAGCCAUCGUCAAAUUGAACUCAGGUGUGAAUCUAGCUCAAGCUAUAGAAAAGCUUGGUAGCGGAAUACACAGAAUCUUGGUUACUGAACAAGCUGGGAAUGUUAUUGGGAUUAUAAGCCAACUUCGCAUGGUGGAGUUCUUCUGGAACGAAGGGAUCAAUUUUCCCACCAUUGACCGACUUAAUCCAGUCACACUACAAGAGUUAGGAAUUGGAGUGCGGCCGAUAAUCUCAGUCCACGCCGACGCUCCUCUUACUGAAGCUUUAUCACUCAUGUAUGAUGAGGGCCUUUCAAGCGUAGCUAUUGUAGACAACGGACAAAAUGUGGUGGGCAACAUCUCAACAAAGGAUGUGCGGCAUUUGACAAGCUCCUCGAGUGCAUAUUUGCUUGGUAACUCUUGUAUGCACUUCAUUUCCAUCAUUCUAAACGAAAAAGGGGUGGAAAAGGGACAAGAUGUCUAUCCCGUUUUCUACGUAAACCCUUCCUCAACAUUGGCACAUACCGUAGCCAAAUUGGUGGCAACAAAAUCGCAUCGGAUGUGGAUUGUGGAUGCAGGACCACAAUCGUCACCUAUGUCAACGCCUACGACACCAAUGACCACAUCACAGACUUCUAUAUCAGCGGGGACAGUUCCAGGACCGAUUGCAUCUGCUGUGCCUGCAGUCACAGUUCCGGCAGCUUCGAUGGCCGGGGCUCUGUUGUCAGGCAAACUAAUCGGAGUGGUCUCGCUAACAGAUAUUCUCAACAUAUUUGCCAAAUCUACAGGAUUGCACCCCUCUGAGCCAUGGGAACAGAGAGUACGCCGCCGACGCAGCUCGAGCAGCUCCGUACGGCCCAGCGUAGAGUCUUUACGGUCCAGCGUGGAAACAAGGAGGUAACGUAUUGUGAUAUUCGAGUUUAAUUCGUGGAAAACUUUUGAGGCUGUUCUUGACACAGGCGUUGCACAAAUGUUCAUACUCCUUGAUAAUGCUAAAUACGAUGUAAUUCAUGAAGAGUGAAGCAUGUACUUUGAGAGUUAAUUAAUAUAUUAUGGUAGCAAGUAUAUUGGUUUGAAUUC